AUGGAAGGCGAAAAAGGUGUGGAGAAGAAGUUUGCGUGGGGGAAAACGGUGAGUUUUUUGGGGGGAAAUUUGAAAUUUUUUUUCUAGAUCCAAAUUUUGUGCUGAAAAUCAUGGAAACACUGAAAAUGAAGGUUUUUAUGAUUUUCAGCACAAAAUUUAGGUCUAGAACAACUAUCCAAAGUUAAAUCGGUUUUUUAGUUACAAAAAAACAUUAAUGAAGUUUUGAAACAGUGAAAAAAUUAAUAAAAACUUUUAGAUCCGAAUUUUGUGCUGAAACUGAUGAAAGCACUGAAAAUUGCUGGAAUUGAAGGUUUUUAUGAUUUUCAGCGCGAAAUUUAGAUCUAGACAAUUUUUUUUUGAAAAAUCUAAACUAGACUCUAGUAUUCAGCCUGAAAACUGAAGAAAUCUGGGAUUUUUCGGGGCCAAAAAACCGCGUGUAACUUUUAAAAAUCGAUAAUUUCACGUCAAAUUGCCACGUGGAAUUUUUUCAUCAAAUUUUCAAGUUUUUAUGGUCAAAUCUAUUGAAAAUAAUAAAAAUUUGGCUUGAAAACCUGAAAAUUCAGGUUUCAAUUUCAAAAAUCAAUAAUUUUCAGCAAGAUGACGCUGAAAGGCUCAAAAUUCUGGAAAAUUGGAAUUUUUUAGGUAAAAAAAAUUGAUUUUUUGAAUAAUCUAAACUAGACUAUAGUUUUAAAGCUAAAAACUGAAGAAAUCUUGGAUUUUUCGGGGCCAAAAAGCAUGAAAAUUUGAAAAUUUUCAGAUUUUAUGCAUUUUCAGGCUGAAAAUUCUUGAGAAUUAGCAUUUUUUAGGACAAAAAUAUGAAUUUUUGAAUAAUCUAAACUAGACUAUAGUUUUGAGCUAAAAACUGAAGAAAUCUAGGAAAAAAGCCACGUGGAAUUCUUCUCAUUUAAAAAAAUCAAUAAUUUUCAGCAAGAUGAAGCUGAAAGGCUCAAAAUUCUUGAAAAUUAGAAUUUUUUAGAUAAAAAAUAGAGCUGAAAACUGAAGAAAACUGAGAUUUUCUCACACCAAAAUUAUUUUUUCUUGAAAAAUCAAACUAGACUAUAGUUUCCCCCCAAAAAAUCAAUACUUUUCCAGCAAAAUGAAGCCGAAGAGCCAAUCGUAAGUUUCGCCGAAUUAAUGAGCGAAGAACUCGCCGAAAGUCUAUCGAAAGAAGACGCAGACGAAGAGGAAAAAUAUCUGAAACAACUCGAAUUUGUGCUCAAUUCCACAGCCAUGGAUGAAGUUCUCCUAAAUACCGAUGGAAUGACAGAUGAAGAAGUGGCAAUUGCGCUCCAGCGACAAUUUGAUAGAGAGGAUGAUGUUGCACGGGCUGUGCAAUCUACAGAUACAGUACACUUUACACCGGAAAGAUAUCACCCGAAAACUGCGCAGGAAUCAGAAUCAGAUGAAGAGGAUUUGGAUGAGUUGCGCGAAAUUGCCACGGAUAUGCUGUAUGCGCAAUUGGAUGCGGAAAACGCGCGCAAUUCGACGCGGUUGCAUGCGGAUGGCGCGAGCUCGUCGACGACUACGAAACAUGAUAUUGGUGUUAGUGGGAGACGGAAUGCGGAUAAGACGUUGAAUGUGAGAGAUUUUGCGGGCUGAAAUUUUGAAAAUCUGGAAAUUUGACGGAAAAAAAAUACGUAUUUUGACACCAAACAAGCCUAGGGUUACUGUAGAUUCUGAAUUUUUCCAAAAUUCAUGAAAUUCAACUCAUUUUUGACAAGAAAUCCCAAAAUUCUCGGAAAUUUCUGGAAAAAUUGGAGAUUAAAGAUUCUAUGGCAAGGAGCCGCGCCUAGAGAUACACCAAGUAGCGACGCCUUGAAACCCUAGUCGUCAAGAGCCAGCGCCUAGAGAACCCAGUUUUCAAGGAUCGGUGCCUUGAGAGUCAAAUUGUAUAGGAGUCUCGCCUAGAGUGCUUGUAUGACAAGCAGCGACGCCUAGAAAUGCUACCUGACAAGGAGCCGACCCUUGAAAACCUAGCUGUAUAGGACCGGCGCCUAGAGAUGCAGUAUGGAAAGGAGCUGCGACUUGAGAGUUCCUAAGGCAAGUGACGGAGCCUGGAAAACAUAAUUUUCGAGAGCCAACGCCUAGAGAACUACUCCGGCAAGGAUCAGCGCCUAGAUAUCCACUCUGACAAGCAGCUCCGCCUUGAAAGCUUCUAUGACAAGCAGUGAAGCCUAGAAAUCCUAUGAAAUUCACGUGGAUUUGAAUUUUCAGCAGAAUUCUUAAAAAUAAUAUAAUUUUCUGGAAAAAAAUUGAAAACCAUACCUCGGCCAACCCGUGGUGGAGCAGGGUACAAUUUUCAAAAAAAAAUUUUGAAAAUUUUUAGAGUACAGAAAAAAAUUCAUGGAACUUGAAUCAGAUCGAAAUUUUUCAGUUUUAUAGGAACUCUGUCACAUCUGGAUCACUAACUUUCUAAAUACAACGUUUCACUUAAAAAUUCAAUGCUUGAACUAUUUUUAAAUCGAAAAAUACUGAAUUUUCGUUUUUCAAAAAAAUUGAUUUUUUCAAAACUCAAAUUUUUGAAAAAUUACAUACUCUGGAUUAAAUUUUUUGUUGAUUCUAGAGUCUAGACCACAAAAAAACGCUACCUAAGUCGAAAAAUCCAUCAAAAAUUUUUCGGGACAACUCAGGACUCAACUCGUGGGCCAAAAAACAGAUUUUUGUUCAUAACUCAAUUCAGGCUGAAUGAAAUGUAAUCAAACAUAUAACCAUAAUGUAGAGCGCGAAAAAUUAAUAUAAGUCUCUAUUUUGACUUUUUUCGAAAAUUGAACCCGAACUCGAAAAAACGCUACUUUCCAGAUUCGUGGUUCAGCCAAUGCAAAAAUGUAUAGGAACCACGAUUCCAGUUUGCGGUCUAAUCGAAAACAUUUUCCCAACAUUUUAUGCUUGUUCUAGCGUUCUUAGACCCUUAAGUUUCUACAUAUAGAGUUUCAGAUUAAAAUUUCAAGUUUCAGCCAGUUUUUUUCUAGCUUUAAAUUAUUUUGCGAAAUUCUCAUUGAUUUUAUUGAAAGGGAUAGAAAACAGCGAUCUUGAAUAUGAAAAUUGAGAAAGGGGAAAGAAAUCGCCUCCAUGGUGUAGUGGUAAGGCGUUGAGCUGGCUUGUGGUGGUGUGUGGGUUCGAAUCCCGCUGCCACCCAAACUUUUUUUUCGAAAAUUUGAAUUGCGUUUUUUUUGUAAACAGUUCUUUAUUUGAAAAAAAAACUAACAGCCAAGUUUUUUUAGAUAUAAUUAUUACACCAUGGAGAAUUAAAUCAUAUUUCCUUGUUCUUUGCUCUAUCUUCUUUUUCAUUACACUGUCUUCCGUCGAUUUCUUUUUGACAAACUUCAUCUGAAAAGAAAACAACUAUCAAAACUGAUCAGUCUGAUCUAUUUUUCAAAUAACAUUGUUUCUGAAAACUAAUUUCACAUAAUUAAAAAACGGGCGAUUUUUGCAUUUUGGCAUUUCACGAUGUUCAGUGUCAUUUUUGCUUUUGACCUAACAAUUGUUGGUUGAACCUGCAUUUUUUUUUAACGAAAUCUAACUAAAGCACGAAUUUUCAAGCUUGUGUUUAGCAGACAAAUCAGAUAUAACCCCGAAUAUAUCCAUUUAAACAUUAAAUCUAUUAGAAGAAAAAAUUUCGAAUUCAGGGUAGAGUACAAUUUUUACAAUUUUCACUCCAAAAAUCUAGAGUACAAUUUUAUUAUUUUGAAACCACGAUGUUGGCCGAGGUAUGUUGAAAACCUUCAUUUUUGGCACAAAAAUAAUUGAAUUUUAAAGAAAAUAAAUUAAAAAAUGCAAAACUUUGGAUAAAAAUUGAAAAUUUACAUUUUUAAACGCAAAAUAAUCGAAUUUCGGUGAAAAUUAAUGGAGAAAAUCAUUUCUAAAAUAAUUUCCAACAAAAUUCCAGGAUCGAAUGAACCUCACAACCGGCGAUAUGAUUUCGGGAAAAAUCAAUAAUCGCGUCUACAAUUCAUUGUUGGCUUUUGGAAAAAGUGAUGCAAAACGACAAAUGAGAAUGAAAGACAAAGAGGAAAAAGCAACAAUGGACACAUCAGUUGAUGCAAAUACAAGAUUGACAUUAUUGAAAUGGAUUAAUCAAGGAGUUAUUGAUUCGAUUGAGGGAAUUAUUGCAACGGGAAAGGAAUCGGCUGUAUUACAUGCGAAACAAAAUGAAAAUAAUGAACAUUAUGCGGUGAAGGUUUAUAAGACUACGUUGUCGGAAUUCAAGAAUCGGUGAGGUUUUGAGAUGCGGAAGCGGAGGGUGCGCGGAAGCUUGCGGUUUACACUCGCUCCGCUCGAUUAGAGAGUGUGUAGAAUUGAGAGAAGCAGAGAUAUCAGAGAGCUAGAGACGCAGAGAGAUCAGGCAGCUAGGUAGCUAGAGACGCAGAGUAACUAGCCGCUUCGCGGAAGAUAGUGCCGCUGCGCGGAAGCUUGCGGUUAACACUCGCAAAGCUUUCCGCGUGGAAGCUUCUAAGCCCGGCCGCUUCGCGGAAGCUUGCGGUUUACUCGCGCAAAGCUUUCCGCGUGGAAGCUUCUAAGUCCGGCCGCUUCGCGGAAGCUUGCGGUUUACACUCGCGCAAAGCGCUCGGGCUGGAAUCUUUAUAACCUGAGAAAUGGUCUAAAAACCCCGAAUUUCCCCCUUAACCUGAACAAUCCUACAAAAAAUUCGAAAAAUCCUGAAAAUUCCAGAUUUUCAAAAAAUCUCGAAAUUUGCUGGAAAUCCCACAAAUUUAAAAUAAAAUGUCUGAAAUUUCUGAAAAUUUUUAAAAAUUCUGGAGAAUUUCAGACAUUUCAAGAUAAAAUUUGAGUUUUUUGUAAUUUUUCUGAAAAAUGCAAUUUUGUAUUCAAAAAAUCUGAAAUUUUCUGAUAAAUUACAACAUUAAAAAAAAUAAAUCUGGGAAUUUCUGUAUAACCUGAGCAAUGUUCAAAAAAGCGGGAUUUUUCUGUUUAACCUGAGCAAUGAUAUUUUUCCCUAUAACCUGAGCAAUGCUCAAAAAUCCCAAAAUUUCCUCUAUAAUCUGAGCAAUGCGAAAUUUCCCCAAUAACCUGAGUAAUGCGAAAUUUUCCUAUAACCUGAGCAAUGCUCAGAAAUCCUUCAUUUUUCCUAUAACCUGAGCAAUGCGAAACUUCCGUAUAACCUGAGCAAUGCUCAAAAAAUCCAAAAUUUCUCCAAUAAUCUGAGCAAUGCUCAAAUUUUCUCUCAUUCCAGCUCCGAAUACGUCAAAGACGACUUCCGCUUCAAAAAUCCACGUGGAGUGCUGAAAAUCUGGGCCGAACGCGAAUUCAUGAAUCUCUCACGAAUGACCAAACACGGCCUUCCCUGUCCGUGUCCCUUUAAAUUGAAAAAGAACAUGUUGGCGAUGAGUUUGAUUGGAAAUGGUGGAAUUGCGGCGCCGCGGCUGAAAAAUGUCCAAUGGGAAUUUUUCACGGAUGAGGAGAGGAGGGGAAUUUAUGAGCAAGUUGAGAAGGUGAGCGGUUUUCCCCUAUAACAUGAGCAAUGCUAAAAAUAUCCAGAAUUUACGCUAUAAUCUGAGCAAUGCUCAAAAAAUCCAGAAUUUUCCCUAUAACAUGAGCAAUCCUUUAAAAAUCCGGAAUUUUCCCUAUAACCUGAGCAAUACCUCAGAUUUUCCGAUUUUUUUUCACGAAAAGUUGAAUUUUCAAAUUUUUGCGUCAACAAAAAUUUCACUGGCACAUUUUUUGUAGAAUCACCUACAAAAAAUGAGCUAGCAUAUCUUUGACUUACAUAUAAUGCGCCAGCAAAAACACCUUGACGCAUUUCGUGUAGGUUAUUCUACAAAAUAUGCGUCAGCUCAACUUUGACCUACUGAAAUUGCGUCAAGGUGUUAUUGCUGACCCAAAUUUUGUAGAAGCACAUUUUGAGCUCUUUGCUGACUCAUAUUUUGUAGAACCUACCAAAAAUGCGUCAGCAAUCUAUUCGAUAAGCUGAGCAAUGCUUUGAAAAUGCGAACAAUUAUCUUUAACCUGAGCAAUGCUCGGAAAAUCCACAAUUUUCCCGCAUAACCUGAGCAAUCCUCGAAAAACCUGGAAUUUCCUAUAAAAUUCAAAUAUCCAGAAUUUUCUCUAUAACCUGAGCAAUCCUCAAAAAAUCCAGAAUUUUUUCUAUAACCUGAGCAAUGUGUUUUUCUCUCUUCAGAUAAUGUGUCGAAUGUACAAAGAAUGCCUUCUGGUACACGGUGAUUUGAGUGAAUUCAACCUGCUGUUAAAUCUCGAAAACAAUCAAGUGUUCGUCAUCGAUGUUUCACAAGCCAUGGAUUUGUCGCAUCCGAGAAAUUUGCAAUUUUUGACCCGCGAUAUCGCGAAUAUUUUGGCAUUUUUUGCGAGAAUCGAAACACCUGGUUUACCGAGUUCGGUUCAAUUGUUCAAUUUGAUUACUGAUUUGGAAAUGAAAGAGGAUGAUGAUUUGAAUGUUCAGGUGAGAAGUUUGGGAAGGGUUUGCUCAAAAAUCCUCAGUUUUCCAUUCAAUCUGAGCAAUGCUUGAUAAAAAAUAACACAAGAAUUUGGAAAUUUCCCUAAUUGGCUUCCACGUGGCCGCUGGCGCGGAAGACAGUGCCGCUGACGCGGAAGCUUGCGGUCUACACUCGCUACGCUCGAUUAGAGAGCGUGUGAAGUGAGUGACGCAGAGAUGUCAGAGAGCUAGAGACGCAGAGAAGUUAGACAACUAGAGAGUUAGAGACGCAGAGAUGUCAGACAGCUAGAGAGUUAGAGACGCAGAGAAACUAGCCGCUUCGCGGAAGAUAGUGCCGCUGACGCGGAAGCUUGCGGUUUACACUCGCUACGCUCGAUUAGAGAGCAUGUAGAAUUGAGAGACGCAGAGAAAUCAGAGAGCUAGAAACGCAGAGAAACUAGCCGCUUCGCGGAAGAUAGUACCGCUUACGCGGAAGCUUGCGGUUUACACUCGCUCCGCUCGAACUCAAAAUUUUCCUAUAGCCUGAGCAAUGAUUUAUAAUAUGAACAAUGGUUUUUCAAAUUUUUUUUGAAAAUAAUUCUCUAAUUUUUCUCCAAAAAACUUGAUUUUCGGCUUAAAAUUUGACAAAAUUCUCAAAAAAUCUGAAAAAUCAUUGCUCAUGUUAGAAUUUUUCAAAGGAAAAUCUGGGAAAACAUAUUGCUCAUAUUAGACUUUUCACAUUGUUAAAUACUGUGGUUAAACAUGAGAACAUGAAAUAUCCUAUAACCUGAGCAACGCUCAAAAAUCCUAAUUUUUCUAUAACCUGAGCAAUCCUCAAAAAUUUGAAAAUUUCUGUAUAAUCUGAGCAAUGCUAAAAAAUCCGGAAUUUCCAUGUGAAAAAUUCGAAAAUUAGGCUCUCGGAGCUUGAAAAUGCUCCAAAUUUUAAGAAUAGGCUUGUGAGGUGUCAAAAUUCAUGAAAUUCUGAGAAAAAUUCAAAAAUUAAGCUCUCGGAGCCCGAAAAUGCUCCAAAAUUCAUAUACAAAAUCCAAUUUUCCCCCCAGGUCGAACAAUUUUCGGAAGAAAAUCGAGCUGUUCACCUGCGCCACGAUAAAUCACGCCCUGCAGAUUUGGAGUUGUCGAGAUAUCAAGAGGACAAGAAGGCGAAUCGAGGAAUUUCACCGGCCAGAGAUUAUAAUUAG